AAUUGAUAAUGAUUUCGCUUUUAAAAAAUACGAUUAAAUGAAACUAUCCUUAAGAACUGCAUACAAAUAAAUUAUAUUCGACCUACAAUUAUGAGUACAAGGAAUACAAAGAGAUCAUUGCAGAAAACAAAAAUUUUUAUAAAUAUUUUUAAUUUUGUAAUCAACAAAAUAUAUUUCCAAAUACAUAUGUGUCAAGAAUAUCAAGCAUUUCAAUCUAUUUGAGGUAAAGCUUCAUUUAAUUUCUUAUAAGGUCUCGUCCUAUAUCACCGAGCAUACGAAAAAAAAUCACAUUGUUAUUGAAUAUUGAAUAAAAAAGGGAUGCCUCCAAAAGCUAAAUCAAAGAAACCAAAGAAGGUGGAUCCUUCAGAUAAGGAUGUAAAAUUAAAAGAAACUCCAACAAUUAAAACAGAAUCUUCAGAAUUCGAUAGAAAAUCAGACAGUGAUGACGAUACCAUAAACAGAACUGAACUUUAUUGCACUGAUCCAUAUGAUUAUGUAAUACUUUUGAAAUGUGAAGAAGUAACAGCCAUAGUCCAAGCGUGUGACUUGCUCUAUGAGCAUAUCAUCAAGAAUCCUGAGUUUGGUGAGGAAAUUAUAGGUCUAGGUGCAGUGGAGGAUGUUCUCAAUAGUCCCAACUACAGUCACCCUUAUUAUAAUGGGGCGAGGUACCGUUUCUUGAGCAAGCUAUAUGAGAUGUAUCCUGAGGCCAGGUCAAAGUUAAACAAAAGGCAUGACUUCCUAAGGAUGGCAAUGAAAAAUGCAGCUGAGACACAAGAUGUGCCCUUGAAAGCCUAUUCCUUGUUAUAUUGCUCAAAGCUUACUGAAAAUCAUCAAGCCAUGGUUUAUGAAUUCAACGAGCUUUAUGGUGUUGAGUUAUUUUUUUGUGACUAUCUGCCUUGCUCUGACAUCGAUGUAAAAUGCAAUGCUCUUGGGCUAAUGAAGAAUCUAUUGGAUUACGAAAAAACGACUCUUGCCUUGAUCCAGGCACACUCUUUUAGCUUUGUGGAACUGGUGGACCAGUGUGGCUGUCCAUAUCCUGAGAUUCAAAACAGAGCCCUUGAUGUCAUAAUUAAAUUGAUGAGUUAUAAGGAGAAGAAAGAGAAUGUCCAAGGAAUGUUUAUACGUGCAGGAGGAAUAGAAAUACUUUUUCAAUUACUUAAUGUAUUUCAAUGGAAGGAUGUCCAUGCCAAAGUGCAUCAGGCUUUAAGAAUCUUACUUGAUAAUCCUGACCACUUCCAAAUAUUUGAAGAUUUGAAUGGUAUUGAGAGGCUGUCAAAUUAUGUCAAUUUUAUUAUGGACGACGAUUUGAUAGCAGAGGAUUUAAGCACACUUUUAACUAUUGCACAUAAAUUUGAAGGAAGAAUGAUUCUUUUAAGGAACAACACAAUAGACACAUUUGUUGAUGUUUUAAACGAUGGUUCUCAAGAGUCCAAAAUGCAUGCAUGUGAAGGAAUUCGCUUGCUGGCAAAUGAGACAUUAGGGGUCAUUUAUUUGGGUCAAAGGGAUCCUUCCAAAACAUUGACUUCUUUGAUGCUGGAUGAUGAUAAUUCACCAGAACUGAGAUGUAGUUGUGCUUGCACUUUAGACGUGCUGGCUAAAUCUUCUCCAGUAGCAAAGUUGCAGCUGAGCAAGAAAAGUAAUUUCGUAGGAUUGGUGAAGCUGCUUGAAAAACCCUUAAAAUUGACGUUAGACUGUACAUGUUUGGUAUUGGAAACCAUAUCAACAUUGAUAUCUAUUCCUGCACGCCUUACAAAGAUCUUGGUAUUAGAACUAACAGAAAAUACAUUGGCGCUUAUUGAAGAUGAUGACUGGACUACUAAUAAAGUGCAACUGCUAGCCUUCGAGGUUUUGACUUGGACACUGCAGCGGCAGAGUGGUAGGGACUGGUUCAUCGGGCUCAGUGGUGUACCGAGGGUGAUGAAGAAGCUUUACAGGACUUCUGACCCGGAGGUCCUCAACAGCGCCGGUCUGCUGCUGAGGAUGGCGGUAGAACAGGAUUCCACUCUUGCUGAGAUAUUCUUCAAAGCUGGUCUAGUCAGAUGGCUCAUCGAACACAAGCAUCUUUGGAAGAAGAGUCCUCGCUUGGAGACAGCCACGUACACAAUUUUCCGUUACGACCUCUCACUCAAAUUAGAGUACUGGGGCCGGUUGGAUGUCACUGACAUCACAGCGGAUGGAUUCUUCUGCCGAAGGUUGGAUAGAGUCGAAAACUACGUUAACAGUUCAGACAUCUGGAGAGAAGACAUCAGUCCUAGACGUCCGGUGUACACUGUUGUUAUGGACGCCGACGUUAGACCAAAAAAAGAGGAUUCGAUUUCUUUGUUUUCGUUCGACAAGAAGGACGACAUCAGCAGUUCCAGAAACUACCAGGAUUCAGUCGCGUCCGAUUCCAAAUUGAGUUUCUAUGCUACAAGACUAAUUUCGAAGGCUUAUGGACAGAAAUCGAAACAUACAGAAAUUGAUACAAGAUUAAAAAAAAUGUACACAAAGCUAAAACGGCAGUUAGAAGAUAUCUCUGAAGCAACGAGAACAAGGAGAAAUAAAUUUUCAAGAAAAUGGAUUCAGGACAGAGUCAGUGCAAUCGCUUCGGUAGUCGAUGACGCCUUAUCAGGCCGGUGCGACAAAAACGAAUGCACUUACCACACAUUCGAACUGCACAUUCAGGAACUGAAGUUAAAACUGAAUUCUUCAGUGAUCCCCCUGGGUAUGCUGGAGGUGGGCCUGAAGCUGGAGAGGGCGCUACUGUUCAAGGUACUGGCGGACAGACUGGGUGUGCCUUGCGCGCUUGUGCGCGGCCAGUACGCGGUGGCCUGGAUAGAAGUGGAGGUGCCUCCAAUUGCCGGCGACCCCUACCCGGAUCUGCCCACCGAGAAGGUGAUCACCAACCACCUCGUCGACCUGGUCACCAGGCCCGGGAGGCUGGUAGCCCUCAACUGUCAAGAGGCCAGCAUCUACUGCGGCGAUCCCAUGCCUGGAGUCAUCGACCGUCUGCCGCGCUACAUCUCCCAGAAGAAGCCAGCUUGGAUGGUGGAGAAGGAGGAAGCUGAGGAAAUCGCUCGUCAUAUUGAAAUAUACUAAUGAUUGUUUUUAAAAAA